UGCCCAGUGGAUAGAUAUAACGUGAUUUAAAGAUUUCUAGAUUUAUAUUUAAUGAGGAUUUUAUUGAUUUCAAACUACCUGAUGCGGGAAUACGUUUAGACAGUUCUAUUCAGCCUUUCAACCGAUUAAAGGUUGGGCCAAUUAGAAGAUGUUAUACGCAGUUUCUGUCUGUUAGCCAACUUUAUAUAACUAUAUAACUAGUAAACAAACCUCACCUUUUGCGCAAUUAGAAGAUGUACGCAGUUUCUGUCUGUUAACCAACUUUAUAUAUUACUAGUAAACAAACCUCACCUUUUGCGCAAACAAUAACAAAUCCUUAAACAACUUUUAAACUUUUUUCUCAGCUGCCUUCACUGGAAACCAGACGAAAGGAAAAUUAUAUGCAACAUUACUGGAUAAUUAGAAUUAUGCUGGACCAAGAUAUUAUUACAAACAUUACACUAAGUUCCGUUUCUUGGCAUAUAAGAUAUUAUGAGAACUCCUAUUUAAUCCAUCUCUGCUUCAUCUUCUCUCUGGUCGCCUUGUUCGUCAUGUUUUACUGCUGCCAGAUAAAAAUCAGUCAAAGACCAGACAUCGCAGGGUUGAUAAUGGAAGCUAUGGCAUUCUCUGCAGAACACAACAAAGAAUUGCAAAGGAAGUUGAUGACAAAGGAAUUACAGAACUCAAGUACAAUGGUAGAUCUUAAACACAUACCAUCUCUUCCAACUGAAGACCAGGCGGUACAUGAGGUACAACAGGAAACUGAAACAUUUGAGCGACGACAAAGUUCGACCUCCUCUCAAAGUGGAUUUUUAAGAAGAAAUUUCAUCAACGGAGCAUAUGUACCAGGACUGGGAUGUAGCGACAGUACAGAAAAUCUAAUUGAUUAUAGUCUUGAUUAAGCAAUCAGUUUUAAAUCCUAAUUUAUUAAAUUAAAUGAGAUUUUAAUAAAGUUUUAUAAUUGUAGAUUUUAAGUUGACAACAAAGCUAUUUUUUAAAAAAAAGUGUGGCCCACAAAACAAUUUAAAACAAUUUAAAAAAGAACAUGUCGUCUUCUCGAGAUGUUUUUAUUAAAACAAGACUUGAAUUAAUAAUCAUAAAAUACAGUUUUUACAUUUCGAAUUGCGUUUAGUUUGUUUUUCUCUUCGAAAAAAUCGAUCAAAAGAGCAAAGAACAUGUCCUUCAAGUAAUUAAGCAUGUUUUUGAUACAAAUCUAUUAAUUUAAUAAGGGUGUCCCAAUAAACAUGGGAAUUAAAUUACGAAUUCUAUACUCGAGCGUCUCAUAUCAUAUCGGAUUAUCACCAAGCUUUAAAGCCAAAACACGCACAUAAUACUCGAAAAACCUGAUAUUUUAUAAAUGCAAAUAUUCAAUCUUUUUAAAUCUUAUGAUUUGUCUAGAAAAUUGCAAUUAAAAGCUUUAAACGAUCUGAUAUGAUGUGGGACACCCUGUAUCAUCUUUGUUCCAUGAGGGAUUAGUUCGUAAACAUGAUUUUGUAGUACAAGUGAAUACAUUUAACACCGAAAACUACAAGCCUUGGGAUUUCCAAAAUGUGGUCUACCAUUCUUUUGACGGAGAUAGUAAGAGAUUUGUCCAGAUUCCAGUUUAUUAAAAACCAACAAAGCCUUACAAAUGUUCAAUAUCUCCUUCAAUUUUAAAGAUACAAUUUACAAAGAUGGUAAACCAAACUUUGGAAAGUUUGUUAGACUUUUCGUUAUUUUAUGAUGCCCUUUAUGACGUCAUUUAUUAAUUAUCGGAAAUCAAAGACGAUAUUCAAG